AUGUCUUGCUACGACCUGUGCUCCACCUCUGCCUGCGGCUUCUACCAGCCCCAGCCCCUUGCUGACAGCUGCAACGAGCCGUGUGUCCGUCAGUGCCCUGACUCCACAACUGUGAUCCAGCCACCUCCAGUCGUCGUCACCUUUCCCGGACCCAUCCUCAGCUCCUUCCCCCAGGAUUCGGUUGUGGGAUCCUCCGGAGCACCAGUCCUUGGGGGCUAUGGGGGCUAUGGCUCCCUGGGCUACGGGGGUCUGUACGGCUAUGGAGGCUAUGGCUCCCUGGGUUACAGGGGUCUGUACGGCUAUGGGGGCUAUGGCUCCCUGGGCUACGGGGGUCUGUGCGGCUAUGGGGGCUCCCUGGGUUACAGGGGUCUGUACGGCUAUGGUAGAUCCUAUGGUUCUAGCUAUUGCAGCCCUUACUCCUACUGGAACAACUGGUACGGUCGUGGCAGCUGCGGACCCUGCUAA